ACCGAUCCUUUAAACGAGUCGUCGAUGCGGAAGUAAAAAAAAAAACAAAUGUCUAGAACCAAUUAUAAUUAUCUACAAAGCAAGCAUUUACUCCUUAUGAUAUUUUUUGUCCGUCGUACGGGUCAUACAUUUAAAAAUAAUAUGGUCGUAAUCUCAAAAAUAACCACAUAACCAGCGGACUUCCGGGUUGUUACGUCAUUGUCUGGUCCUUCACUGUUUUGUCAUCACACCGCGCAGAAGCACAGAGGAGGAGGUUUGUUCCUGCUUCGCCUCGCUGAAAACAUAAUAGGUCCUCAGGCAUUAUGAGUCAGCGUACGGAGCGGCGGGGGAUACACGUCGACCAGUCGGACCUGCUGUGCAAAAAGGGAUGCGGUUACUACGGCAACGCAGCAUGGCAGGGCCUGUGCUCCAAGUGCUGGAGGGAAGAGUACCAGCGGGUGCGGCAGAAGCAGAUCCAGGAUGAUUGGGCCUUGGCAGAAAAGUUGCAGCGAGAGGAGGAGGCAGCGUAUGCCAGCAGCCACGGAGCGCAGUCCCAGUCCACAGCACCACAGCAACAGCAGCAGCACCCGGGAGCUGCCUCCCUGGGCGCCUUUUCCAAGUUUGAGGAGAAGAAGACCAACGAGAAGACCAGAAAAGUGACCACCGUGAAGAAGUUUUUCAGUCCUUCAUCGCGCACCGCUGCCAAGAAAGAAACCCAGGAGGGAAAGGCGACCAGUCCGUCUAUUAGCCGCCAUGCCAGCUUCGAUACGGACCAAGUCUCCAAAGACUUUAUGGAGUUCCUGAAAAACCUGCACAAGCCUGGACGUGAGAUCCAUAAGCAGUGCCGAGCCUUCCUCGUGACCAUGUCAAGCAAGAAGGACCUUGGUGCUGAUGAGCUGUCAGAGUGUGUUCAAGAUUUCUACCAAGGUCUGGCCGACCGCUUAAUCAGUCACUUUAAAGGUCAGUUGAGACAUUUAUGUCCAAGAAUCUUUAAGAAAUUCUCAAUAAAACCGUAUGCAGGAACCACUAGAUGGCAGCACAAGCAAUAUGUUAUGAAAUCUGAUGAGUCUUUUUUGUCACCAGGCUCUUCAGAGUCUGUGGAGCAAGUGAUGGAUCAAGUGGAAAAGUACAUCAUGACUCGUCUGUACAAGAGCGUGUUCUGUCCAGAAAACACAGAUGAUGAAAACAAGGACUUGGCCACACAGGAGAGGAUCAGGGCUUUGCACUGGGUGACCAUCCAGAUGCUCUGUGUGUCCAUGGAUGAAGAAAUCCCAGAAGUCUCUGAGAAUGUGGUCAAAGCAAUAACAGAUAUCAUUGAAAUGGACUCGAAGAGGGUUCCUCGGGACAAACUCGCAUGCAUCACACGCUGCAGUAAACACAUCUUCAGCGCCAUUAGGAUCACCAAGAACGAGCCGGCCUCCGCUGACGACUUUCUGCCCGCGCUCAUUUACAUCGUGCUGAAAGCCAACCCUCCGCGACUUCAGUCCAACAUCCAGUACAUCACCAGAUUCUGUAACCCCAGCAGGCUGAUGACCGGAGAGGAUGGAUACUACUUCACAAACUUGUGCUGUGCUGCGGCCUUCAUCGAGAAGCUGGACGCCCAGUCUCUCAACCUUUCUCCGGAGGAAUUUGAGCGAUACAUGUCUGGUCAAGCGUCGCCGCGAUUCAACAGCUCAGAGGGCGACUGGCAGCACGCUCGGUCGGGAGCCGGCGUGGCCGCCACCAACCCUGUCCUGGCUCAGCUCAACCAGAAUCUGGAUCUGCUGUCGGGUCUCAGCAGCCGGCAGGAGGCCUUGAUGGAGGCCGCCCAGAGCCUGCAGGCCGACCUCCUCUCCUGGCCCGAGACCGUGCAAAAGGAGGUGCACGACAUCUUGAAGAAGUACCCUCUGGAGGUCAUGCACUGCACCGUGUCGGCCAUCGACGCCAACAACAUGGACAAUGACAACCUGCCGCCACCCCUCACGCCCCAGGUUUUUGCUGGGUAGUGGAGUACAUAAAGGGAGGGAGAAACAUUUCAAAUACAGCAAGACUUAACAAUUUAGUAGCUCAACAACAUGCACAAAUUGUUGAGUCACGACACCUUAAAUACCUGGUCACACCAGUUACAUCAGUUAUUGCCACUUAAUUUCAUUUAAAUCACAGCUAUCAGUGGGGGCUUAUCAUAACUUAUGAGCUACAUCCUCCGUUGAUUUCUAUUGAUUCUUUGUUUGGGUAUAAGCUCACAAAAUACACGAGUUUUUAGCCAGUUACAAGACAUUAAUGUCUAAAGACCUUAACAGAGAGUUAGCAUGCUAGCUAACAAGGCGAGCUAACUUUCCUCCUUUUAAUAACUGUGACCUGAAAUACUGUUCAUUUAACUGUAAAAUGGGAGAGACAACAUGUUAGUUACCAUUUACCAGCAUAUUAGCACAUUAGCUGCUACUCACCUGUCAGAGUAAUUCACUAAGUAGCACUAGAAAGUUCUGUCUGAGGCAGGAUAAAUUAUUUUAGCUCCAAGUUACACAGUUAAAAGAGGGCAGUGAUACAAAUACAAUAAUAUUUAUCGAAACUGCUUCAUUAGCAACUAAGCUAAAGAGCUUAAAUGCGCGAGGUCGCAUUUACUGUAGAGCUUACUUCCUGUUGUUAAAUAGCCGUUUGUUGAAUGAAAUCCUAGUAAUUCAACGGAAAAAUGCGAGAGCUAGCAUGCUAGCUGCUGCGCACAAGCUAAAGCAAAAAAAGACUAACAAAUACACAAAAACAAUUAUGAAACAGUAAACAAAAUACAAGAUAAUGUCAAUGACUGUAUAAUACAGGGCUCUCAAGUUUUUCAUUGGCUUGGAGUUAAAUUAUUUUUACGGGGGCGCUCCUAUUUCACCUGGCAACAGAGAAUACUAUUUUCUGAUUGGCUGAUUGGUCGCUGGUUGAAGCAGAGCAAUCUGCCUUGGCAUUAUCUAUUCAUACAUUACUAACGUCUUUUUUAAAUCUAGCUGUGGCGAGUUUUAUCAUUUAUUUAUCUUCGUUAAAGGGCGUGUGAAUUUAUUGAAAUGCGUGUGAGACUUGAGAGCCCUGUAUGUUCGGCGAUGGCUUGGUUAACACUUGGCAGAUAAUAAAACUCUUCUCUGAUUGGCUGAAUGAAAACCACGUGCUUGUAAACGUCACUGAGAGGCGCAGGAAUGUAGUUUAAAAUGUGUGCAGACGUUACCAUAUAUGGUUCCUUGCCCCAUAAAGAGUUCAUAACAGUUGAUUAAAAAAAAGUACUGUUUAUCAAAUGGAAAAAUGUUAGCUGCUGUCCAGUACCAAUAGUAGUUCGCUAGCAUACUAGCAUUGCAAAGGCCUUAUUUUAUUGUUUGUUCAGCUAUACUGUUUUUGUGUAUUAUUUAUGAAACCUUUGUGAACAUACCUUCAACAGCCAGAUAUUUCGUUCCUUCAACAUUUGUACAACAUUUUUUUAUUUUAUUUUCACAACAUUUCACUGUCUCUGGUGUGAGCAGGCCUUUAUGGAAUCAAAUCCCCCGUGAAGACCUUAGCUGGCAGCUAUGCUAGCCACUCCGUCGUCACUUUUUGCUUGAGUAAGAGGUACCUCACAAAUCUAGCACUGAGUAGGUAAAACUGCGAGCAUAAGCAUAUGUAGUGAUGCAUUUGUGUUCUUGUCUGAGGCCAGUUACACUUAGCAACACAAACCCACUUGUGGACCCACUAUCUAUGCAGCAAUAACAAAUUUAGAGGAAAGAACAACAUUGUACUGUGUUUUUAAAACUUUUUUUUUUUUUUUUUUUGCAUACUUACCUCUGUAAUGAAUAAUAGGCAUGUUAGAAAUAAUGCUGAUAAUAAGUCUUAAAUAUUGCCUUUUUGUUUUGACAUGUACUGUAUAUUGUAAAAACAGGCCGGCGUGUUGCCUGUUUGCCUGACUGCUAAUGGUUUUAUUUUUUGUGUUGUUUCUUGCGCACACUUUCAGUAUUGUUGAAUUCACUAACUUCACUUUUAUUUCAACAACUAGCAAAGGGACGACUGAACGUAUGUUUAAAACGUUUGACAAUAGUAGAUUACUGUAUUAAUCAGCUGUAUAGAGAACCAGGUUUGUAGUGUGUGGUUUAAUUAAUCCAGACUAGCAUGAUGCCAGCAAACUCAAAUGUUGUGAAGAUCAACAAUCGGUUAGUCUUUUGUCCUGAUGUAUUUAUUUCCACAUAUGUCCUUUCACUGGAUUUGUAUUAAUCCACAGCUAAAAAAUUGUUCUGUUUGCUCCUGUUAAAGCUAAAAACUACAGUGUUGUUUAAGGAAAUCAUUUAUAUAUAAAUAUGUAUGCUGUGUGAUUUUGAUUUUUAACUGUAGCUUUUUUUUUCUUCUGAAACAAUAGACGUGGGUUUGAGGGUGUAAGAACAAUAGUGAAUAUCUUUAAAACAUCUUCUGUAAUGUACAAUAAGAAAACCAAAUCCGUCUUAAGCUGUAGUUUUAGUUAUAUAACAGUGAGCGUGUCCAGAAAAUUGUUCAAAUUAAACUGAAAGCUGCAAUUUUCAAAAUAAACCACCUUGGAGAACGCUGACAUGAAGCUAACACUGGUUAACGGUGGACGUGCUAGAGAUGAUGCUAUUUGUGGGAAAAAAUAAAUAUUUGAUGUUUUUCAUUUGAGUGAAAUAAAGAAGAUGAGAAAUGAAA